AUGUCUUUGGCAAAUUACUCCAACAUGAACUCUGUCUCCAUUGCAAAUAGCUUAGGAUCUGGUUCACGGGCACCCAUACUUAUUCCUGAAGAGUAUAAUUCGUGGGUUGGCCGUAUGAAUCUUCAUCUUAAUGCUAUAAAUGAAGAUGUCUGGAAGUGUGUAGAAGGAACAUAUGUUACUCCAGAAAAUAUGGCUACUCUUGCUACAAAUCAAGCCACUCAAGUUGAAAUUACAAAAAAGUUGGAACUCCAAGCCAAAAAGGAACUUGUUUCUGGAAUACCUCACAGUAUUCUAAGUCAAAUGGAUGACAUUAUACUGUUAACCGCAAAUCAAAUUUGGGAGAAUUUGAAAAAUCGUUUUUGUGGAAAUAAAAGAAUCAUCGGAAACAAAAGAACAUCUGUUUUGAAUGAAUUUGAUAAUUUCAAAAUGCUUUCAUCAGAAACCAUCCAUGAUGCUCAUGAUAGGUUCAAUUUGAUUAUGGGAAAUCCAGCUAUUCAUACUGAAACUUUGUACAACUUGUAUGGAGAACUUCAAUCGUAUGAAUCCUCGAUUGACCCACCAACCACUGCAGCUUUUGGAGGACCACUUGCACUUGUGUCCACAACUUCUCAAAACCAAACACCUUUCAAUGAUCAAAACUUUAAUCAUUUUAAUCAGACUACAUCUUUUCAAAACCAAGCCUUCCAGUCUGAUUCAAAUGAUGAAGCAGAUUAUCAACAACUAGAAUGUCGAGCCAAAAACAAAACCAAAAUCAAAGACUCGGCAUACUAUGCUCAAAGAGCCGAUGAAUUGAAGAAACUGGAAAACCAAGAAAAGCAAAGAGCAUUGAUGGCAAUCCAUGAACCAAGUGUGGAAUACUGGCCAACUUCUGAUGACGAAGCUGAACACGAACCAACACAAUCAAACUUCUGCUUCGUAGCUGGUGUUGAAAUACCUUCAAGAGCUCCAAACGUCAUAGAACAGAAUAAAAGACUGAUAUGGAAUAUGGAUUCAAUCAAAGUUGCCAGAAAACUAAGUGAUGAUAUUUUCACCAAGGCAAACUCCUUAGGAACUGGCAAAAUUGAUACGAAUUAUAGACCAGGAAUUGGAAGAGAAUCCUUUGAAAUUGAACAAGCAAAACAGGAAAACAUGACGAAUUGUGAAAACUCUGAAUCUACUCUACCUAAUCUUUUCACAUCUGUUAAUGAGGAAGAUUCAGAUGAAGAAACAGUUAUCAACUGUAGUCCAGAUGAUACUGCUUUCAGUGUUUCCAAAAAGUCUUUCAAAAGAGUUGUAAAUUCUGAAACAGACUUUGCAAGUUCUUUAACUCACCAAAUCAAACAUACCGAUAGAACCACUAAACUCAAAAACUUUUUGAAUGGAGAAAAUUCCUCUUAUGAGGAUGGUAGUACUUCUAUACCAACUGCUUUUCCUACAAUGACUUCAUCAAUUGUUGGAAAAACUAGUCUGGGACAAAAAUACUCCAAGAAACAACAAACAAGCAAAAAAUCCAUUGAAGUCACCAAAACCCCACUAAUCAAGCCAAACUUUUUUGAAAAACAACCAAAGAAACCAGUUAAACCAUACGUCAUACCUCAUAAACAGGUUUCCAAACAAAAACCAAAAUCUUUUCAAAAACCUUUUGAAAACCGCUUUCAAGAUAUUACUUUUAAUCAUUCAAGGAACUUUCAAAAACCAUCACAUCAGAAAGUUUCAAACCAUCAUCAUCAAAAAGCCUUUCAAAAUCGCCCAUCACAUCCCAGAUAUGAAGAAAACUUUUCAAACAAACCUUCACAUCUAGGAUAUCUUUCACCAAAUCACAGAUCUUAUCAACCCACAGGUUUUCAAAAACAAAUCGCAUUUUGGGUACUUAAUGCUGGAGAACCCAAUGAUGAUUCAUGGUAUAUUGAUAGUGGCUGCUCCAAGCAUAUGACAGGAAACCGGAACUACUUACGUGACUUCAAACCUAUACAAACCAAUCAAGAUGUUACCUUCGGCAACAACAUGAAAGCAAAAAUCAAAGGUUAUGGAAACAUAACAAAUGGUAAUUUUACCAUAAAGAAAGUUGCCUUCGUCGAUGACCUGAAACACAACCUCAUCAGUGUUUCUCAACUGUGUGAUAACAAUCUUGAAGUUCUUUUCACCAAACAACGAAGCUUGAUCAUGGACGCCAAAACCAAAGAUGUUAUAGUUGAUUCUAACCGUGCCGGAAAUAUGUAUCCACUUGACAUGGAUCUUAUCUAUGGUAAACCCGAUAUCUGUUUGUUAUCUAAAGCCCCAGCAGAUAUUAGUUGGUUAUGGCACCGCCGCCUUUCCCAUCUAAACUUUGGUUACAUCAACAAAUUAAUCGGCGAUGAUCUUGUUUGA